AUGUCAGACGACAACAUCAGCGAUAAACACGACACAACAACGGCAGAAGUCCUUCGACGCUACCAGACCGCCGACAGCGUUUUACUACCAAUUCCACGCGAUGCAUUCGAAAAGCUGUACCUGAGCCCGAAGACGCCAAAUGCCGGCAAGUUGCGUUCAACAUUUGGUAACCCCACGCCGAUCUCAUUGAUGGGUUUCUUGCUGGCUGCGACACCCACUGCAAUGCUCACUAUGGGCUGGCGAGGCGCAGGUGGAAACGGCGGUGCAAUUUUACCAGUUUACAUCUUCUUCGGUGCAAUGGUCCAGAUAUUUGGAGCAGUUGGUGAAUGGAUUCUCGGCAAUACAUUCUCGUGUGCGCUCUUCUUCACAUACGGCACGUUCUGGCUAGUACAGGGUACAUCCAUGAUGCCAUUCUUCGCUGUCGGAACCAACUACUCCCCCACCGGCAAUUCGCUCGAAGGAAUGCAAACACCAGAGUAUAAUGCAACUGUCGGCUUCUACUACGUAACCCUCGCAAUCCUCACAUCCGUCUACGUCAUCUGCUCCCUCCGAACAAAUAUCUGCUUAUUCCUGGCGCUGUUCCUGCUCGUCAUUACAUUUGGUCUGUUUGCGGGUACAUACUUCCAGCUGGCUCUGGGUAAUCUGGUACUCGCGGCAAAAUUACAAAAGGCGGCGGGAGCAUUCAACUUCGCGCUGUGCAUACCGAUUUGGCAUAUCUUCAUUGCGCAAAUUCUUGAUGCGGUCGACUUCCCUAUUGCUUUGCCUGUCGGGGAUCUUAGCACGGUUAUUCUGGGGAGGAGUCAGAAGGCAAGGAGGCAGGAGGUUGAGGGUUAG